CCCCCCCCCCCGCCCCCACAUGCGACGGCCCGCCCCUGCUCCCCCUCCCCCUCGUAGCCACAGCCUCCGCCUUCCGCACCUCGCCGGCGGCCAUGGCGACCCCGUCGUACGCGUCGGUGAAGUGCCUCAACACGUCCUCCUCCAGCCGCAAGCGCUUCAUGUUCAAGAGAUUCUCUCAGCGGGUUGAGGAGAUCGAUAUCGAUGUGUACCGCAGCCUCCACGCGGUGAAGGCGGAGCCCUCCGGUGGCUCAUCCUUCUUCCUCGACACCCUCGUGGAGUGGAGGGAGCUCAAUACUGCAGAGGACUUCAUCUCACUUUAUGAGGAGAUGAUGCCACUGGUACAGACGCUACCUCAAAUUGUAUUGCACCGUGAAAAACUCUUUUCUGCGCUUCAACAAAGAGUAAACAUGAGUGCGAGGUUGUCCCUGGAGCCAAUACUCAUGUUGAUUGCUGCUCUCUCCAGGGACAUUCUUGAAGAUUUUUUGCCUUUUUUAGGAAGAUAUGCUAAUGCCAUUUUAGCUCUCCUUAAGGAUGGAGGUGAUCGUGACCCUGAAAUUCUGGAGCAGGUUUUCACAUCUUGGUCAUAUAUAAUGAUGUACAUGCAAAAGUAUCUAGUGAAAGAUGUUGUCCAAAUUCUCAGGAUCACAGCUACACUGAGAUAUUUCUCAAAGGAUUAUGUCAGAGAAUUUAUGGCUGAAUCUGUUUCAUUUUUGCUGAGGAAUGCUCCUAAUAAUCAGCUAACACAUGGUUUAAUGAAAGUUCUACUUGAGGCUGUUAAAAAAUCAUCACCUAUACGGAUAGACGGGGUGACUGCUUUGCUCUGGAAUGUCAUGAAAGGAACUUCCACAAAGCUUCACUCAAGAGCUGAGAAAGUCUUGAAGUUCUUGUUGAGCAAGUCAACGUUUACCACUAUCCAUGAUAAAUUCCCUGAUGGGUCUUCUACUAUUCAUGAGGUCAUGACUGGGUUGAUCCAGAGAUUAUGCGAUGAAGUGGAUCUAAAUGAGCUGCCAUUGAUAUAUACUUGUUUAUUUGAAGAAAUCAACAGCUGUAUUAAGGAUGGCUGCCUGGAGCAUCUGAAGUGCUUGAUUGAUUUUCUUACAUUUUCUUUACAGAACAACCAGAGUGACGUGUUCGAUAAAGUUAAGAUGCUUAAACUUGCCGAAUUGCUGGUCAGUACAUACGUGUUGCCUGGUAGCAACAUAGCAGAAGCUUCUUCAUCCAAGGUUCUUGAAAGUAUUUUGGACUUUCUCCUUUGUGUUCUGGAUGUUCCAGUCAUUUCUGGCAAUUUAUCCAUCGUAUCACCCUUCUAUGCUCCAGUGUUUAAGCUAACAAAUUCGAGUAUGAUUAUCUUUAUGAGGAAACUGUUGGCAAAAGCUUCACACAUCAUACAUCAUUUCGAAAAUCAGAUAUUGAGUGCAAUGGACAAUUUUCUUGGGAGUUCACCAGAGGAAGUUCUCUUUAUCCUUCUGAAUUUCUUUAAAGGGUCAAAGAAGCAAAUAAUUCUUCAUAGCACUGAUGGAAAUCAUCCAGAUCCAGGGGAGAAAGUGAGCAAGUUCGUCGAAUCAAAAUUCUCUUUCUGGAUAGAGUUAUUAGAUGAUAUAGUCAAUGGUUCUAGUAGUCAGGUCAGCGAAAAGGAAGCUGCUAUACUAUGGGGAUAUAUUUGCUUGUAUCCUAACAUGAAUGGUGUACAUCGAGAUAGCUUGUCACUGCUGAAGAAGUUAAUCUGCAACCUUGAUCGUAUACUUGAAGUGGGCGAAGAGAACAUGAGCGGUCUUCCAAAGACUACCUGGAGAAGUUUACUUGGUGCAGCAUUAUCAUCAUAUCAUGAACUAUUGCUGGUUAACACUAGUAGAAAUUCAGAAUUAAAUCUUUUCAUAUCGCUCGCCAAGAGGCACAGUACAUGCCCUCAAGUACUGUCUGCUGUAGCCGAAUAUUUGGAUUCCGUGCAAGGCAGAGUAGCAUCCCUGGAAGUGACAGAAGAAUUUGAUCCACAAAAUCUUUUGGAUCUGUUCUCUAUCUUUGCUGUUAACUUGAGCAGUCCAAACAAGGAUGUUCGGAUUUUAACAUUGAGGAUUCUAUCCUAUUUUGUGAAGAUGGAUAAACGUCUAGGGACAAAUGAGGAGCGACCACACAAGAGACAAAGAACCGAAGAUUCCGGAGAGGAAACUGUUACUAAAUACACUAAUGUUGUGGAUACCCUUCUUGCUGUUGAGUCAACUCCAAUUUCAGUAUCUACUUGCCGAAAAAUUGCUAUCUUCAUUUCUCGAAUACAAAUGAAUCUAUCUUCCAAGAUGGUUCUUGACGAUUACAUACCUCCUCUCUUACAUGGGAUUAUUGGCAUAUUAUACAAUAGAUUUAGUGAUCUGUGGCCACCAACACUGGAUUGUCUUGCUGUACUCAUUAGGAAACACAAGGAGCUUGUCUGGAGUCAGUUUGUUCAGUUUAUUGCAAUUCACCAAUCAAAAGGUCUGACUCUGAAAAAUCAGGAGAAGCUGGAAGCUGCAACCCAACCACAGUCUAUUUUUGACUGCUUCAGCUUGUAUCUUGCUAUGGACUUUGAUUGCACACCUGUUGAGACCAUUGCUACCUUGUUGCUUCAAUCCCUCCAGAGGAUACCUGAUGUUGCUGAGUCCCGCUCUCGAAAUCUUAUACCUUUAUUUCUAAAUUUUAUGGGCUAUGAUGAUGGCGAUGUCAUUAGUGCUGAUUCAUAUGUGUCUGAUAAAUGUAAAGGCAAACAGUGGAAAAUGAUCUUGAAAGAAUGGUUGAACAUGUUGACAUUAAUGCACAAUGCUCGAUCCUUAUAUCAGAGCAAGAUUCUCCAGGAAGUACUAACUAAAAGGGUUCUUGAUGACAGUGAUCCUGACAUACAAGCAAAAGCAUUGGAUUGCCUUCUGAACUGGAAGGAUGAAUUCCUGACCCCUUACAGUCAAAACCUUAAAAAUCUUGUCGAUGUAAAAACUCUUCGUGAAGAGCUCACCACAUGGGCAGUUUCACAUGACUCCUUGUCAAUUCAGAAAGAUCACAGAAGUCGUGUUGUUCCUCUGGUUAUCCGUGUGUUGACACCUAAAGCAAGGAAGUUAAAGCUACUUGGUUCUCGAAAGCACACAGGUGUUAGUCAUCGAAAGGCAAUUCUUCGUUUCCUUUUGCAGUUUGAUUCAAAUGAACUUCAGCUCUUUUUCUCGUUACUUCUGAAGUCCUUGAUCCCUGGAAACCUCCAACUUAAAAUGUUUGGUUCUCAGUCUGACAACUUACUUAGAAAUAUUUCUGACAUUGUUGGAGCUUCAGCUGAAAUUUGUAUAGAGAACUUUACAUGGAAAAAGGCUAAUGGUUUUCUUCAUUUGGUUGAAGAAAUAUUUGGUACUUUUGAUAUGGCACAUAUAAGUCCAUUCCUUAAUGGUCUAUUAAUCAUUGUUGCUCGCUUGCUGGAGAGUUGCAUGCAUAAUCUGAGAAUCGAGAACUAUGAGAAAUAUCAUUGCAAGCAAUCAAGUGAUCUUGAUAAUGAUUGUUCCAUGAACCUGGAAGUGGACAAUUCUACAAACGUGAAAGAAUGCCCAAAAGAGAUGCCUGUAGUAGACCAUACGGAGGCAAGUGCGUCGAUCAAGCAGUUGAAGGAUCUAAGGUCUUUAUGUAUUAGAAUUGUUUCCUCGGCUCUUAGUCACUAUGAAAGUCAUGACUUUGGAGAAAACUUCUGGAAUACUUUUUUCGCUUCUGUGAAACCGCUGAUUGACUGCUUCACACAAGAGGCUUCUAGUAGUGAGAAACCAAGUUCAUUAUUUUCAUGCUUCAUGGCAAUGAGUCGGAGUCCAACACUAGCACCACUACUGGGGGUAAAUAACCUUGUGCCCGCCAUUUUUUCUAUUUUAACUGUGAAGACAGCAUCAGGAUCCAUUACCUCCUAUGCACUUGAGUUUAUUGAGAAUCUGUUGAGGUUGGAUAUUGAUCUGGAGCAACAAGAUGAUCAUUCAAUGAAGAAAAUUCUCGUUCCACAUAUGGAUGUUCUUCUCCAUAGUCUCCAUGAUUUUGUUAAUCAUCGGAAAGAGCUUCACAGGAGAUCUGGGACAUGGCUUGGGCAACGUGAACUUAGAUUGUUUAAGUUAUUGCUAAAUUACAUCACAGAUGCCUCAGCUGCAGAGCGUGUCAUAGACCUCAUCCUUCCAUUUUUCAGUAAGAAGGAUUUGAACUCUGAUGAGUGUUUGGAAGCACUACGAGUGGUGAGGGGAAUAAUUCCAAAUCUAAGAUGCGGGGUAUCUCAUAAAAUUCUUAGCGCACUCAACCCAUUACUUGCGACUGUUGGAUUGGAACUGCGGCUAUGCAUCUGUGAUAUUUACGAUGGGUUAUCAUUACAUGAGUCUUCAAUGUCCUCUCUGGCUAGGUUAAUGCAAGAUCUGAAUGCAGUUUCAACCUCAGAACUUGGCGAAGUAGAUUAUGACACAAGACUUGAUGCAUAUGAUAAGGUUAAGCCGCAUCUGUUUCUUGGUAUGAAAGAAGAGUAUGUGGGUGCCGUAUUAUCUCAUUGCGUGUAUGAUAUGUCAUCUGAAGAGUUGAUUUUUCGGCAAAGUGCAUCCAGAGCUCUGCAAUCAUUCCUGGAUUUUUCUGCAUCAGUUAUGAACAAUGAGUCCAAAUACUCUAUUGAAACAGCUGAUAUUAAACCUGGAGAGAAUGAUACCAGAGACAUUUGCACAAAGGGCUGUAUUCAACAGAUAUUAGAGAAAACUUACCUGCACAAUAUGGGAGUAGCAAUGACUAAAGAUAUAUCAAUUCAAAAGGAGUGGAUUAUUUUACUUCGGGAGAUGGUCUACAAUUUUAACCAUGUAGCAUCCUUGACCUCAUUCAGGCCUCUCUGUAGGGAGGAUCUGGAAGAAGAUUUUUUCCACAAUAUAACUCAUUUACAGGCAGGUAAAAGAUCAAAAGCAUUGUCACUGUUCAGACAGGGAAUCAAGGAACACAACUUUUCAGAGGACAUCACUAUGAAAGUCUUUAUUCCACUAUUUUUCAAUAUGUUUUCCGAUGUGAAAGCUGGGAAGGGUGAACAAGUGAGAGAUGUAUGUUUGGAUACACUUUCUUCUGUUGCUGCAAAAGUGCAGUGGGAGCAUUAUAGAACAAUAUUGAUGAGAUGCUUCCGAGAGUUGAGCCUUAAGCCUGAUAAGCAGAAGAUCAUACUGAGGCUUAUUUGUGCUGUGUUAGAUGCGUUCCAUUUCAUGAAGCCAGCAAACGAUAUCUCGAGAAAUUCUGAUGCUAUGAAUGAGGAUUCUGAUUCUUCCCUUACGUUCUCUUCAACUACAGUAUCUGCUGAUAAGCAACACUACCUGCAAAAGGUAGUGUUUCCACAGGUUCAAAAGUUGUUAGGAGCAGAUCCAGAGAAAGUGAACGUCAACAUAAACCUUGUAGCACUUAAAAUACUUAAGUUACUACCAGUGCAUUAUUUUGAGUCACAACUUUCGAGCAUCAUUCAUCGAAUCUGUAACUUCCUCAAGAAUCGUCUUGAAAGCAUACGUGAUGAAGCUAGGGCAGCUUUAGCUGCUUCUCUGAAGGAACUUGGGAUUGGGUAUUUGCAGUUUGUGGUCAAGAUAUUGAGAGCUAUACUGAAAAGGGGUUUUGAGUUACAUGUUCUGGGCUACACACUUCAUUAUUUAUUAUCAAAAACCAUAACUGCUGAUAUGAAUGGUAGGCUUGACUACUGUUUGGAAGAUUUGUUGGCUGUGGUUUACAGUGAUUUGCUUGGAGAUGUUGCGGAACAAAAGGAAGUUGAAAAGCUUGCCUCCAAAAUGAAAGAGACAAAGAAGAGAAUGUCAUUUGAGACUCUUAAGCUGAUUGCUCAGAGUAUUACAUUCCAGACACAUAAUCUGAAGCUAAUCUCACCUUCAUAUCUUCAGAAGCGACUUACUCCAAAAUUGAAAACGAAACUUGAGUUGAUGCUACAUAAUAUAGCCUUGGGAAUCGAAUGCAAUCCAUCUACUGAAACAUCAAACUUAUUUAUCUUUGUGUAUCGGCUUAUCGAGGAUACUAUUACAGGAAGUGAAUCUGAAUGCAAAGCGAAUAUGGAAUCUGGUCCUGGUCAAGUAAAUACUCUAAAAAGGAACUUCCCUGGACUAGGUGAGAGUGGAGCGCAAAAUUCUCAUAUACUUACCAAGUUUGCACUUGCCUUAUUGCGUUGUCGUCUGAAGAGCAUCAAGCUAGAAAAGGGCGAUGAGCAACUUUUGUCGAUGUUGGAUCCCUUUGUUAACCUUUUGAGAAAAUGUCUGAAUUCCAAAUAUGAAAGUGUUCUCUCAGUUGCUUUUAGAUGUCUUGCCUUGUUGGUGAAACUUCCUUUGCCAUCUCUCAGGGACAAUGCAAAUCCUAUAAAAAAUGUACUUAUGGACAUUGCACAGAGAGCUGGAAAUGCCAACAGUCAUUUGGUCACGUCUUGUUUGAAGCUACUUGCUGAUCUACUUAGAUGGUUCAGGAUUUCACUUUCAGGUGAUCAGCUCCAGAUGAUUGUUCAUUUCCCUAUGUUUGUUGAUCUUCGGACAAAUCCUUCCCCUGUCGCAUUAUCGCUUCUGAAGGCAAUAGUCAGAAGAAAGUUGGUUUCCCAUGAAAUUUAUGAUAUUGUAGUUAAGAUAGGAGAGUUGAUGGUAACAACGCUAACUGAAUCUAUACGCCAGCAAUGCAUUCAAAUUCUGCUCCAAUUUUUUCUAAAUUAUCCACUUUCUGAGAAGCGCUUACAGCAACAUAUUGACUUUUUCCUGGCAAAUCUAAGUUAUGAGCAUCCAUCAGGAAGAGAAGCGGUGCUUGAAAUGCUCCAUGAUAUUCUUACCAGAUUUCCCCAGAGGAUUAUUGAUGACCAGGGUCAAACAUUUUUUCUUCAUCUUGUGGUUGCUUUAGCGAAUGAACAACACCAGAAUGUAUCUCCAAUGAUCCUUAGAGCGAUCCAAAAGCUGUUAGGACGCAUUGGUGAUCAAGGAAAGAGUUCCAUUUUUGAGUAUUCGCUUUCAUGGUACACUGGUGAAAAACAAAGUUUGUGGAGCGCUUCAGCUCAGGUCAUUGGUUUACUUCUUUGUGAUCGUACAUUACAAACUGGCAAACACCUUAAAAGUAUUGUGGCUGUUGCUAAGAAAAUAAUGGAAUCUUCUGUCAUUGCUUCUGGAGUAAUACAAUUAGAUGUAACUGAUGAAACUGUCCUGCCAUUGUGGAAAGAGGCUUACCACUCCGUUGCCAUGAUGGAGAGGUUACUUCUGCGCUUUCCAGAGUUGUAUUUUGAGCAAAACAUGGAGGAAAUAUGGAUAAUAGUAUGCAAGUUGCUGAUCCAUCCUCAUUCAAUGCUGCGCAAUUUGUCCAGCUCUCUGGUAGCAUCAUAUUUCUCUACAGUAGAGAGGAGGAAACGUGAGGAGAAAUUGGAUGUCAAAUUAUGUUUGCUAGUUCAACCCAGCAGACUAUUCAUAAUAGCUGUUUCUUUCUUGAAACAAUUGAGGACGGAGCUGAGUGAUGCUACAGCAAAUAAUCUGAUCGUACAGAAUCUUGCAUACUCGGUCUGCAACUUGCAUAUGUUGAUUAGGCGAUCAACCUCAUCGCAUCAGUUUUGGUCUAGCUUUAGUUCUUCUGAUCGUGGUGUCUUCCUUGAGGGUUUUGAAUUGCUCGGUUCAAGUAAAGCAAAGAACACGUUUCUCCUUUGCACUUCAACAUCUACUGAUCUAGCUGGAUCUAGCCUUGACAGAAGCGAAGAGCCUACAUCUUUGUUAGUUUCUUCUGUCCUAAAGAGGAUGGGAAAAAUUGCAAUGCAGAUGCAGGAUACACAGAUGAAGAUCGUGUUCAAUUGCUUCAGUAUGAUUUCAUCCGCUCUCGGCUCUGAAGAAUCUCUAACCUAUGCUAUUCACCUCUUGGCCCCGCUGUAUAAAGUUUCUGAAGGAUUUGCUGGGAAAGUCAUUAGUGAUGAAGUCAAGCAACUGGCCGAGGGUGUCCGGGACAAACUACGUGAUCGAAUUGGUGUCGAGAAAUUUGUCGAAGCUUACAACAGCGUCCGAAAGGGCCUCAAGCAGAAGCGGGAGAGCAGAAAGCAGGCACAGAAGAUUAUCGCAGCCGUCGACCCUGCACGGCACGCAAAGCGGAAGCUGCGUGCCGCGGCCAAGCACCAGGAGCACAAGAGGCGGAAGAUAAUGGCAAUGAAGAUGGGGAGGUGGAUGAGGUAGUUUUGAACAGGCUCUGCAGAACUGCCCGUAACGGAAAAAUUGUGUUGUACAGCCUUCACUUUCACGCUGCUAGUCAUUCGUGCUACAAGGUCGGCAGAAAAUUUUGUACGCUAGAUAUCUGUGAAGUUAUGCUUUUGUUUUUUGAACGACCACUUUAUUAUGAAAGAAUAGUUACGCUAGAUAUCUCUGAAGUCUCGAGAAACGGAGGAAAAGACUAGACAAAAGUUGUUAAUAAAUUGGGAAAACUUGAUGUGUAAGGAGUUUUUUAUUCAGGUCA